AUGGCAACUGAAAUAUCGAGUCAGAGCAAACAAACGGCGUCAACCUUUUCUUCCAUUGUCACCCUCCCCCCCAAAAAGGAUCUCCGAGCAAUGAACUACUUCUGGCCCCCGACCCGGCCAGACGCUCAAUGGGUUUCUGUGGGACCUCUCGCCCAGUUCCCAGACGUGGCUGCCGAUGAUGGCAAUCUAAUCCAGCCACGGGCGUGUGACGCCAAGAGCCAGCCCGGCUGCCGGAUCUUGGUCGUCCCCAAGUCGGAUCCUUCGCAUUCUGCCGAGAUUGCCAUUCCUGCCGGCGCGGCCACCUCCCCGAGCGAGGGCCAAGACUUGAAGGAUCAGGUGGUGGUGUUUCGCUAUCGCGACAAGGUGCACGCCGUUGACCAUCAAUGCCCGCACAACGCAUAUCCGCUGUCCAAUGGGACGCCCUUUGACAUUGAGGACUUUGGCGUCGUCCUCAGCGCAGGUCUCACCUGCCCAAAGCAUGGCUGGUCCUUUGAUUUGUUCACUGGCCAGUCGGACCGCGGUCUCUACAAGCUUCCUGUCUGGGAAGUCCAGCUGCGCGAUGUGCACGGCAAUCCAUUGUCCGGCAGUCUCAGAGGCAACGACCCUCCCGACGGCAAAACUGUAUGGGUGCGGAGACGACAAAAGAUCGGCUAA